CUAAAAAACGACAGAUAACUCUAGAGAUCAUUAGAAAGGAGGAAAUGAAAAUCACAUGUGAGCAUGAAGGAUAAAACUCUAAAUAAGAGAAAAUCAGAUUCGACUGUUAUUAAAUCACCCAAAAAGAAGAAGACAGAAAAAGAUGAAUACACAGAAGUUCAUUUCAAAGUUGAAUUAAAAGAUCCCAUCACCACAUUCUUAGCUUUAGACAAAUUCCAUGAUGCUGCUGACAAGUUUUUAGAGGGAGAAGGAUAUGACAUCGUAGCAGGUUACUGUAGAUCAUCAGAAGAAUGUACAGAAAUAUUGCAACUGUUAGAAGGAGGGAAAAGAAAACCAUCAGAGCUACAGUUGAUAUUUGAAGCUUUAGAAUGCAUUUUGAUUCGUUUGGUUGACGAUUUGUCCAAGUAUCAGUCUGUUGGACAUACGAUUGUAAAGAAGAUAUGGGGUUCCCAUACUGGUUCUUUAUACUCCAGUUUGUCACAGAGGAACAAGGCCAGUCAGAUCAAAACAACGCUGAAACUGUUAUCAGCUAUGACAAUGCUAGGAGAGACUUCAGCUAGAGCCAUCCUUACACAGAUUGACUUUAGUAAUCCUAACAUACAGUUGUUAUAUGGGAGAAGAGAUAGAAAGGAUCCACAAGAUGUACGGACUUGUAUGAUUCAUUUUGUUCUAGGUUUUCUGUUGUCAGGAAGUGAUAGUGUUAUAAGACAACUCAUGGAUUUGAAAGAUUUUUCCAGUGGCUUGUUUAGUGGUCUAUGUUAUGACAAUAUAGAAACAGUACAGCUUGUUCUUAAUACAUUACUGGAGAAGGUAAUACAGAAUCCAGUGAUAAGUAAGACUCAGAAAGUGAGAAUAUUCACUGAAGAAAACAUGAAACAUUUAGGACAUCUGUAUCAUUGGAAGGGUAUACAGGAAUGGAGGAAAUAUGACAAGUAUGAUAAGCAUGACAAGCAAGACGAUACUAUGGAGGUAGAUGAGACUGAUAAUUCAGAAGAAAAGCAGAUGGCAGCUGAGAUGGUUCACCAAGUACUUAUAGAACUAUGUACAACAUAUAAAUAUGGAAUUAUCUUCUUUGAUAAAUCUUUUGGAACGUCUCAGAAAAGCCAGAAUCAUGUUAUAACAUCCUUCUUAACUUCCCUGACAAAAGUGAUAGAGACUCCACUGAUACAAGAAUUGGUUGUAGCCUCACUGGUGGCUUCCCCUGAUCAGCUACAGUAUUAUCUCCCUUCAUUACACAGUUCUGUUACACCUAGAGUUUCAAAAAAGUGGAUUACAACAAUGGACUUUCUUAUGAAGAUUUACAGCUGCCAGACUGGGAAUUUUAGUUUGACAAAGAUAAGGGAGGUAAUGCCUGUAAGAAAAAUGGUGAGAGUUCUGCUAACGACACUCCUCCCUCCAUCACUGAUAUUCCACUCGGUUAUUCAAGGCUUAAAGCAUAAAGAUUUAGCAGUCAGGCACAUUGUUCUGGAUUUUCUAAAGAUAGUUCUACAGAGGCUUUCAGCGCUACUCAAACUUCUAUCUUGUCCCGAGGGAUCAACCUUAAUGUCUUUAUACAGUCCAGAAGAUUGGAAGAAUAUAAUUGAGGGAGUAAAGGAAGAUAUUUCUAAGGCUAUACCAGAUGUGCCAUCAUUGUUCCAGUGUUGGGAUAAACUUGUCACACAGAUGAAAGACAAAGAACCAAAGUUGGAAGAGGAGGCUUCAUUAGAAAUGUCAGUGAUUUCAGAACCCAGUCACAUGAUCAGACUUGAACAAGUUCUCUCCCUUUACCAAGAAGUUUUUCCAUCCUGUCUGACAGACAAUCCAGCAAAUAUUAGUAAAAUAAUGGAGGGAGUGAGAUAUUUGACAGAACAGCAUGUUCAAUCUGAAGACCAGAAAGAUUUGGAUGAGUAUUUACCACAAUUGUAUCUUCUCAAGUUAUUGUCUGGAGCAGAUUCUAGGAAGUUACCUUGGGUCAAGGAGAGUCAAGAAGGUCAUACUUUGAUGUAUCUAUUAUUGUCAAUGGUGAAAAAAGUUAAAGAUAAAACACAGCUUGUCAAGACAACACAGCAUCUCAUUUGUCAGCUUCUUAUUAGCACUGGACUGUUUGAUUUCAACAAAGAUGAGCUUUCCCUGUGGAUCAGACAUUACACCAGACAUGAAUGUGAAACAGAUGAACUAACUAAGUUCCUGUCCAAACUCUUCACAACAUAUGUCAGUAACCCAUACCCCUAUAGUGACAAAGUCAAUGAUUAUGUAUCCGAGGGAAUGAGUUUAGAAUCCGCAGGGGCUGAUGUUGAUACACUUAGUAUAGGGACCACUGAUAGUAAUAUUGAUGCUUUGUUAGAGAUGGAAGAAGAAGAUAUUGGUGAACAGAAUACAGACAUAGAAGAAGAUGAUCCUGUACUGAAUCAGAUCAGGUUCCCAUUCAGCCCCCUAAUCAUAGUUGCUUAUGACCUGUUGGGUCAGAAAGAUCACCAGUCACAAGUCACAACAAAUUAUAUCUCCAGCUUACUUAUUGACUUGUUGCACUGUCAGCUGAAUCCAUUACCACUGGUUUCCCUUCAACUGUCUCAUGAAGAUGUCACUAUUGAUAAAACUGUCGUGUUAUAUUUCAAGUCAUUUAUAAACCAAGGAAAGGCACAGAAGUUACCAAAGCAGCUUAGUGUUGUCCCAUUGAGUAUGGUGUCCAUUUCAUUGGCUAAUAUUUACAUAGCAGGGAAAACAACCAAUCAGCAAACAGUAUUAUCCACUAUGUCAUCUGUGGCUGCAGAAGAUGUUUCCAUAGUCACCAAACAGUUAAUGUUGUACACCAGUCAUUUGUUAAAAGCUGGUGCAAAGGAUGACAUCUCUAGAUUUAAGAUGGUUAAAUUCUUCUUCAAAUGUCUGGAAGAAAUAGUGAAAUUAUAUUCAGAUAAAAUGGAGAAACAAGAACCCAUGGAUACCAAUCAAAAUGAGUCAUCUGAUCAGAAAGAGGAGAGUGAUACGACUAGUCAAAAUAUGGAAGAUGGCUCUGACAAAGAUAUUACUUGCAGUAGGGAAUUCCAACAGUUGUCAGUAUUAGACAAUACUAAUGAAGACAUUUUGAAAGAUAUGGUAAUAACAGUUCUAAGACAUCCUACCAUUCUGAACUGGUUCCUGUUUGUCAAGAAUGAGACUGGUUCCAGUGUUACCACAGACACAGUCAAUAUGUUGAUGACUCCUCAGUCACAAUUAGUUACUACAUGUACAUGCAGUUUUUUAAAGCUUCUGGAAGAAAAGGAUGUUAAAAAUCUUGAUCAUUGUUUUGUUGAAUAUGUCAGUAAACUUCAAACAUUGCUUUGUGGUAUACAAAAUGUGGAAAUGAGUAAAUUGUCAAGUAUUAUAAAGGAUGUGCAAGACAGUUUACCAAUUCUAACAAAGACUUUGCCAAUCCAGAAAAAUAGGAGUCUGUUAGAAACAAUCUUGAAAAUUCCGAGCAGUUUUCUAAUAAAUGAUGACCAACUUACAAAUCUUAGUUAUGUAGCUAUUGAGCUGUUUCAGAAGCUAAUGAAAGAUACAGGUGAUAGACUGUUGAAGCUACAUAGUCACGGCACCAAAAGCUUAUUUGAUUUACUUCUGAAAACUUCAGAUGAGAAAUUGAUGGCGUGUUGUGAUGCAGUACUGCAACGACAACCUCACUUAUCAAUGGGAUUGGAAAAAAUUGUUUUAGACAGUUUAAUCAAGUCCAACAGCAUUACCAUGGCAGAAAACCUUAUCCUUCAUAAUCAUUUGAUAGCUGAUUACUUCAGAGAAAGCUUGCAGAAAGGAAAAUAUGAUGAACAUUUACAGAAAAUGACUUACAUUGUUUUGUUAUUUGUGAGGAAGGUUGGAAACCAGCCAAACUUAGAUGGAGAUAAGAAAGCUUUGCUGAAAGUUGUAUGUAAAAAGUACAAACUUUUAAUGGACAAUGUUUACAGUAUGAGUGGUAACCAAGGAGAUAGUUUGGUAGAGCUGAUUAUCUCCCUUGUCAACAGUGGAGUACUUGUCAAACAGAAAGUCCUAUCCAAUCAGAUCACAUUAGCAGGGUCACAUGGGAUCAACAAUUUACCGUUUGUAAAAUUGCUUCAGUAUCUUAAUGAAGAAGCAACAGAUAAUCAGAUGCAACUACUCAAACUGUAUGUCAAAACAGUUACUGAAGCUCAAAGUAAAAAGGAAAAUUUGGAUAAAGUUUUCGUUGAUUGUGUUAUGGAAAAACUGGAUGAUCUGUUGCAGAGAAACAGUGAAGAACUAGUUCUUGAAGGAAAAGCUCUACCAAAGUUUUUGAAAGUUGUACUCAAGUCAAGAUUUUCAGACAAGAGGACAUUCAAGAUUAUCUCAAAACUUGUUGAACAUAUAUCUGAUUGGCCAGAAGAGUUGCCAUUGACAACGUUGUUUCAGAUGGUGAUGUCACAUUCCUUGUUCCUUCCAAUCAUGUUCAAUGAAAAGCACCAGGAUGUUAAAGGAGAUCUAACUAUUCUGUUACUACGGCUUAUGGAGUCAGAUUCCUCCUGCUGUUCUGUCCAACAUUUUGGCAUACUGUUAGGAUCUUACAUGGCUACUCUGUCUGAUACAGACCAGAGACUGUUAAAGUUGAUGUAUCUUUAUGAGAAGAAUGAAUGUGUGAUUUCUGAGUACAGACCAUAUCUUUGGGGUCCAAAGGCAGUAGAACACCAUUCGGUCCAGAAAACCAUAGGACCAUCAUUGAUGAAGAAAGCCUCUAUAGACCAAGUGAUAGAAACCUUAGACCAUACAACAAUACACAAAUCUAUUCUUAAUUUUCCACUGAGGAGGAAAUUACAGGCCUAUACACUCCAGGACAGUACAGAAUGUAAAUCAUCACCAGAUAUCUAUGAUCCAUGUUUUAUUCUACCUCUGUUCAGUCACAUUUUAUCUCCAGAUCAAUUGAUUGACUGCAGAAAGUUCAUAGAGAGAGGUUGCCUUGGCUAUAUCCUAGCUGCCUUAAGUUGCCAUGACAGCACUAUGCGAGGUGCUGCCUACUUUGUCUUAGAUAAUUUCGUACACCAUUUGGAAGGGUCAAGAUUCCCAGAGAAGGACCAAAUAUUGUAUGUGAUGCAUCUACUUAGAAACAGUAUAGAGAAACCAAAUGUCAAGUUACCAUGUAUCAUCACUGUAUUCCUGGCCAUGGCUGUCAGGCUCAUGUUGAAAGCAGAACAGCACAUGUACCAGAUGAUUAACUCUUUCCUGUACCUUAAACCAACAUUAGACAUCUAUAAUGUUCCUGAGUUCUACAAACUAUUCAACAGUUCUACAUUAGAGUAUAAGGAAGAAAGAGGUUGGAUUUUAACUUUAUUAUUGGAUGGCUUGAGGGAGACAGCUGAUUAUAGGGUGUUUGAGAAACGUUACACCUUCAAACUUCUACUUAGUUUCUUUGAUACUGCCAUCAGUGAUAGUAGUUCACAGGGGCUAGUGUUGAAAAUAUUAAACAGAGCCUGUCAAGAAAAGACUGUGGCUUUGGAUCUUACAAGAAACCAUGGCAUUGUAACUUGGCUGAUAAAUGCAAUAAAUACCAAUGAUAGCAAAAGAUUUGAUAUAUUUACGGAGAUUUUGUCUGGCCUCUGGACCAUUGUUCUAGGAGACAAAGAAGAAAAGUCAGAUACUAAAACCAGAUUCCUGCCUACAGCAUUCAGUAGGGAGAUGUUUACAGCUUGUAUAGAUUUGUUGAGAAAGAACAGCAUUGAAUCUUCAGUAGAAUCAGUCAUCAAACUGUUGGAAACAAUCCUGUCCAUAUUGCAGCAUUUACAGUUCACAUGUGACCAACUGAAAGGUCAAGGUUAUACCUACAUUGCCCCGUCAUUGAGCUCCUCAGAUGUUAAAGCCAUUUCUCAACUGAAAAACACUUUUUCUUCAAAAUCUCUGCCAGAAAAAUUACCAAUGACAGAUCACAAGACAGCUGUCAAGGGAGAUGAUGAAGAAGAUUUGGAGUCUAGGAAUUGUCAAGAUGAUGGAGAAAAUGAAAUUCAAGACCAAUCCCUGGAAUCUGUUUCCAAAAAUCUAAGCUUUUUGACACUCAAAAUAUUACUUUUUUGGAAUCCAUUUUGUGGUAAAUCGUCAGUUAGUCAAAUCUUUACUGUUCCUCUAAAACCCUCCAGUGAUCAAUGUCAAAACUGUCUUGAUGUAUUUACAUUGAUUAUUGCUGAAAUAAAACAUUGUGAUGACAUGGACUUGAUUUUCAAGACAUUACAAUGGAUAAAGAAAAAUGUUGAACAUUUGAUUAUUGGUGAUCUGAUUAAAGGUGGUUGGGAGAAUGCUAAAUUGGAACACAUGACAGAUGGACUUGUACAGUUGUAUGGUAUUAUCAAUAACUUGUACAGAAAUGGGAAAUGCUUGGGACAAGGACAGAAACUGGACAAUGCUACGCAGACUAUUAAUUCAAUUCUACUUCCUAUGACAAAGGCAGUUUAUAAGGAUACAGAACAUCUGGUAUUGACAGAAUCUAUAAGAAAAGAUCACUCUACAGAAGCUGUGGCUAUUGUGCUGAAGUCCCACUUCACAAGCUUGCAGACAUGAGAGAGUUUCUUCAACAGCUUAUCUUAGAAAUAUUUUAUCAAUAAAUGAAACUUCUUAA